ACAAAAGAAAAAAAAAGUUGAACUAACAAAACAAAAACCCUCUUCCCUUUGGCAUCUCUUCUCCUCUCCACCAAACAUGGCAGCAAAAUUCUUGCUACCCUAAUUCUCACCACAAAACAGUGCGAAUUUCUCCCAAAAACCUCAAUUUCUUACUCUAUUCGAAUAGAUCUGGUCAUAAUUUAUAGUUUCAAUUCUGAGUAUUGAGUCGGCGAUUCCAAUUUGCUUUUCAAUUAGUCAAUUGUGAAGAUAAGUGCGAAAUUGGCUCUGCUUCGAAGAGUUUGAACCGUUUUAGAGGAUGCAGUAGUGGGUCCAAGAAACGAACUGGGAAAACCUAUUGAUGUCAGUAAUGCUUCUGAUCAAAUCUUUGGGCUUGUGCUGAUGAAAGACUGGAGUGAGAUAUUCAGGGGUGGGAAUACAUGCCUCUUUGACCUUUCCUGGGGAAGAGUUUUGGUACAACAAUCUCACCAUGGACACUCUAGAUGCUCUGGAACCUUUGCUAGUGGUGUCCUAGAACAGGAUCCUCCUCCUUUUCCAUGUAUAGAAAUGACGGCAGAAGAAGCUAAAAGACUUGAUCACUUCUUCUGCCAAAAUUGUUCCUCCGACGACCCGAAGAAGUUGCACAACUCACAUGGUGCAUCUAGACAUUCUGAUACGAAGGUUUCAUUGAAUUCGUGCUUCCAAUCUCGUGGUCUUAAUCAUUGUGUCGAUCGUGCUCUUGGUUUGACUUUAUCGAAUUCCCCCUUUUUUUCAGAUUACUAUGUCUGAAGGUUCAUAUUCUAACCCUUUAAGUUCAUCUCCUCUGAAAGGGCUACAACUUUAAGUUCCAACCUGUGUGGUUCUUCUAGUCCAGUAACUGUACUGUCCAGACUCCAGAUAAUUUCACACAUAUAUAGGAUCAAAUGGAUCAAGAUGAAGGAUUAGAGUAGCAUUUUGGAGUUGUCAGCUGCUGCGCGCUGUCACUGCUGUUUGCUGUUGUCGCUGCUAGCUGCUAUUGUACGUCUGCUGCUGUUACUGUUGCUGUACUGAUGUCACUGCUGUUACUGUUACUGUUACUGAUCAGUAGUCUACUGUUGUCUGUUGGCAACUGCUAGCUGAUGUGCGCUAUUACUACUGAUGUUUGUUUGCUGUUGCGCAGACUAUUAUGUUGUUUUUUCUCUUUUGGAAUUUGGUAGUCUAGAGAUCGAAGUCGAUGAAGUUGACCUAAGUUGUCUUUCGUUUUGUUUUGUUUAUUAGAUUGUUUAGCCAAACAAAAAUAUUAGUGUUUGUGGAUGUUUUUUUAAGAAACUAUGAAAUUAUAUAAAUUCCAAUUAUUUACUGUA